GCGGUUGGCAUCUGUUCCUACUCCCGCUCUUGGUACCUCGAAGGUGGGUCGGGGCCGCAGUCUGGGCCGCCUUCCGGGCCUUGCGCCCGGGGACGCCGCGGAUCCAAGGAGCAGCCACCCCGGGGAGCAACCCCGAAAACACAAAUGGAGAAUGGCUCCCUCGCUGGAGGAGAGCGAAUGAAGCGCAGUCUGUCUUGACCCAGUUUCCCUAGGUGGGCGUGAGCGAAGGUUAUCAGGCCCGGGUUCCUCUUUCGACUUUCCAGUACCUGAGGUAGGCAGUGGCUAGGACUGAGUUUUCUCCAGGUCAGGGUCUGGGCCGCUCGGAUGGAGCUUGGGGCUUAUCUUCUACUAGAUGAACUUCUACCAGAUGUCCUGCGUGCUCCUGGCACAAAAUUUUAAUUUAUUUUGAAAAUGAGUAAGUGCAGAAAGCCUCCAGUUCAUCAGAUAGCAAGUUCUGAGAUGUUUAGCCCAGAUGUUCUUGCUGACAUUUUUGAACUCUUUACCAAGAAUUUUUCUUAUGGUAAGCCGCUUAAUAAUGAGUGGCAGUUACCAGAUGCCAGUGAGAUUUACACCUGUGACCACACGGAAUUUAAUGCAUUUCUUGAUUUGAAGAGCUCUCUAAAUGAAGUAAAAAACUUACUGAGUGAUAAGAAACUGGAUGAGUGGCAUGAACACACUGCCUUCACUAAUAAAGCUGGAAAAAUAAUUUCUCAUGUGAGAAAGUCUGUGAAUGCUGAACUUUGUACUCAAGCAUGGUGUAAGUUUCAUGAGAUUUUGUGCAGCUUUCCACUUAUUCCACAGGAAGCUUUUCAGAAUGGAAAACUGAAUUCUCUACACCUUUGUGAAGCUCCUGGAGCUUUUAUAGCUAGUCUCAAUCAUUACUUAAAAUCCCAUAGGUUUCCCUGUGAUUGGAGUUGGAUAGCGAAUACUCUGAAUCCAUACCAUGAAGCAAAUGAUAAUCUUAUGAUGAUUAUGGAUGACCGGCUUAUUGCAAAUACCUUGCGUUGGUGGUACUUUGGCCCAGAUAACACUGGUGAUAUCAUGACCCUGAACUAUCUGACUGGACUUCAGAAUUUCCUAAGCAGCAUGGCUACCAUUCACUUGAUCACUGCAGAUGGGAGUUUUGAUUGUCAAGGAAACCCAGGUGAACAAGAAGCUUUAGUCUCUUCUUUGCAUUACUGUGAAGUUGUCACUGCUCUGACAACUCUUGGAGUUGGUGGUUCUUUUGUUCUGAAGAUGUUUACUUUGUUUGAACAUUGUUCUAUAAAUCUGAUGUACCUGCUGAACUGUUCUUUUGACCAAGUUUGUGUUUUCAAGCCUGCUACUAGCAAGGCAGGAAACUCAGAAGUCUAUGUGAUAUGUCUCCACUAUAAGGGACAAGAGGCCAUUUGUCCUCUGUUAACUAAGAUGAUGCUGAAUUUUGGGACUGAAAUGACCAGAAAAGCUCUUUUCCCCCAUCAUGUGAUUCCUGAAUCUUUUCUUAAAAGACAUGAAGAAUGCUGUGUGUUCUUUCAUAAAUAUCAGCUAGAGACUAUUUCUGAGAACAUUCGCCUGUUUGAGUUCAUGGGAAAAGAGGAACAAGCAAAGCUGCAUAAUUUAAGGAACUGUGCUGUACAAUAUUUCAUGCAAAAGUUUCAACUGAAGCCUCUUUCCAGAAAUAAUUGGCUAGUAAAAAAAUCUAGUAUUGGUUGUAGUACAAAUACAAAAUGGUUUGGGCAGAGGAACAGGUAUUUUAAAACCUAUAAUGAGAGGAAGAUGCUGGAAACCCUUUCAUGGAAAGAUAAAGUGGCUAAAGGAUACUUUAAUAGUUGGGCUGAGGAACAUGCUGAAUAUCAUCCUCAGCAAAGUUCUCUUUUGGAAGGGACAGUUUCCAAUCUUGAGUGUCAAUUAUGGCAUGUCUUAGAGGGAAAGAAAUUGCUGAAGGUAAAGUGUUCUCCUUUCUGUGAUGGUGAAAUUUUAAAAACUCUUAAUGAAGCAAUUGAAAAGUCAUUAGGAGGAGCUCUGAAUUUGGAUUCUAAGUUUAGGCCAAAACAACACUGUUGUUGUUGUCAUGUUUUUUCUGAAGAACUGAUAUUUUCUGAGUUGUUUAGCCUUAUCAAGUGCCUUCAGGAUGAGCAGGUUGUAGGACCCAGCGACCAAAUAAAGUGCCUGAUUGUGGGUUUGCCGACUCGCCAUGAUAUCAAAAUGCACAUACCAUUGGAAGUUCGAUUCCUUGAAUCUCCUGAACUCAUGAAUUUCACCUGUUCAUUGCUUCACGAUGGAGACCCAGUUUACCAGCAGUUAUUUUUGGACUGCCUUCUGUGUUCAUUACAGCAGCUUCAUACAGGAGAUGCUAUGAUUUUGCCUGUACUUUCUUGUUUCACAAGAUUUAUGGCCGGUUUGAUCUUUGUGCUCCACAGCUGUUUUAGAUUUAUCACAUUUUCUUGUCCCACAUCCUCUGAGUCCCUCAGGAGUUGUGCAGUCCUGCUGUGUGUUGGUUAUCAGGACCUUCCGAAUCCAGUUUUCCACCGUCUGCAGAAUGUGAAUGAAUUGUUGAGCACCAUGCUCAACUCUGAUGCACCCCAGCAGGUUUUACAGUUUGUGCCGAUGGAGGUGCUCCUUAAGGGGGCACUACUUGAUUUUUUGUGGGAUUUGAAUGCUGCCAUUGGUAAAAGGCAUUUGCAUUUGAUUAUUCAAGGAGAGAGAGAAGAGAUCAUCAGCGGCCUUCAGUUAUGAAAUUGAGCAUUUCCUUUCUGGGAUUCACUUUGACUUCUUAGAGUUUCCGGUGUUAUUUCGUCCCUUUGCUCUAUGGGUUUAAAACCUCAGAAGUUUCAUUUUAGGGAAAGGCCAGUUUUUGCAUCAAUCAAAGUUUCAUCAAUUCUGGAAAACCACUAGCUAGUUCUGACCUAUGGGAUAUUUACGCCCACAGGCAUAGGGUUCUUCCACAUGCUGGAAACUACGCAGUGAAAAUAUUCAACCUAUAAAUAUGAGAUGUGUUUAUAUGCUUGGGGGCAGACACAACCAUGCUUGCGUAUGCAGUUUAGUUGGUCUUAUUUAUCUACUUAAGAGUUGAACCUUGUGCCUUCAUUCAGAUUUUUCCAACUAGUUUCCUCUCAACAGACUCUUAUUUCCAAAUGACUCAAUGGCUAAUGCCGUUAAUGAAUUGAUGUAGGUCGUUGAUAAAAGGAGGUGAGUUACUCCUCAGCAACACUGACUUCCUUUAACACUUAACAUGCCAGUUGUGGAUUUCAGGGAAUUCAACUUGCCAGAUUAGGCUGUUGACCCAGUUUGCUUUUAUGGUUCUAAUGAAGCUAGUGUGUUUUAUGAAUAUUUUACUAACCACAACCAUCCAACCAAAAGGGAUAUCAGGACAACUUGAAACCAAAGAUCAUGUUUAAAACAAUGGAAAAUAGUUUCCUGAGUCUAAUACACUCCUGUAUCAUGAAAAGCUUCAUUUAGCAAUGAUGUAGUUAUUUUUAACUUCCAGGAAAUUAUUUGUGAACUAAAAGAUUUUUUUUCUAAUUAUAAAAUAAUGUUUAUGGCCUCAUAGUGGGGGCAUAUGAAUGUGAUGAACAUUGUGGAUACUGAAGAAAAACUUUUAACACAUUCAGAAUGAUGGUUCAGCAUUUUAAAAAUUUUAAUCUUGACUAAUUGUCUUUUUCAAUAUGAAAGUAACUCUUUACCAGUAAGAUUGGCCAUGAAAUGAUUAUUUUAUCAGUUACAUUUUUAUUUCUUUGGAAUUGUAUGUAUUUUACAGAGUAAUAUGAGCUUUUCUGAUAAACUGUAUGGAAGAAAUCUCCACUACCUUGAAGUUCCACAAGAUGGAGAAUAUUUAUAUUCUCGUAUGCACAUUUAAGGCAUUUUUGUUAGUUAUAUGAUGUAUUCUCUGAUGUAUUUUGUUGAUAUAUAUAUUAAUCUGAAAUUUUUUCAUGUUCUUUGCUAUUUUGAGUUCCAUUAUAAAUUCGCGAAUAAAGUCAUUAGCACAAAAAUUUUGUUUUCAUCUUUCCUUUUUUAAAGAGUCAUGGGGGAAGUUAAAAAUAUAACUUGGAAACAGACUGUUUUUUAAUUGAAUGGGAGGUAACAUUCCUUCGUUUCCUCUAAUUUAUAUUCAUUAAAAUUUAGUCUUUAAUAUUGUGAUAUUUAUGGAAGAUCUUCAGGAAAGAAAUUAAAUACUUAAGGGGGAGUAUGUGUAGGUUUAGUUCUUGGCAGGGUGAGUAUGGAGGCCGAGAUACAUUUCUGAAGGAAAUCUGGUUUCUUACCAGUGUCUUCGUGGAAGAAGUUCCAGUUGUGUAAUGAUAGAAAUCUGAUAGAAAUUGGUUACCAAGGGAGAACGGAAAACCAUUUUGUCAGGCAGUGCUAUGUACUUAGUAGUCUUUGUGUCUUGAUAGGUUCAGAUCAAUAUAAUAUGCAGUUUAUUUUUACUUAUUUUUGCCAUUUGAUUAGAAGUUUGAAAGUCUAGGUCCAGAGUCCAGUGUUAAAACUUUCUUUGAAGCCCUUCAAGUAAGUACUGAAUGCUUUUUUUAACACCAAUCUAUAUUGGAAUAUAUAAUAUACUGGAGUAUACCAGAAUAUAUUUUGGUUUUUAACAUG